ACAUGAGGAGCAAAAUGUCAACAAACACAGAAGCCGGUCAAAUAAUACAAGUUACGGUUCAUUUACGUGACAAAUCGACGAGAGUUUUUGCCGACAGCAUUAAUGCAGGUUCUGGUGAUGGGUGUGCUCAUAAAUCAUUAUCAGAGAACAUACAAAUUAUGCAGGAAAAGGUGAAUUCCUUCCUGACCGAGCUGGUUGAGCAGGAAAAGAUAACUGCUGCUUCUACACAAGAGAAUACGAAUAGAAAAGUAGAGGCGGACGAAGAAGACGAUGAUGAUGAGGAUGACGAUGACGAAGAUGAUGCAGAUUGUGACGGCGAAACUGAUGGAACGAGGGAACCACCGUCAAAGCAGCAAAAACUUUCACAAGAUGACAUCACGAACUUGCCAAAAGUGAAAAGUGACGAUCACAAACUUUUAAAUAAAACAACAUGACCAUCACGAACUUUCCCAUUAUAUAACAUGACCAUUACAAACUUUCCAAUAGUACAACCCAAAUAAAUAAAAAAUAAAUGAUUCAGGCGGUCUCCAGUGUAACGUUUUAACGCUAUGUUUCACACCAGUGUGAAUAUGCAUUACAGUUUUUAAUUACCAUUGCAAACAGGGUGUUAUACAGUUACUUAUGUUGACACUAUGACAAUGUUUAGUCUUAGUAUGUGUUGAGACUUAAAUUAAUAAUAAUAAGUAUAACAUUUAAAAAAACAA